UUAUUGUAAAUAUCGUAUCAAAAUGAAAAUUAUGCAAAACAUAUUAUUGUUGUCAUCAGUAUUGGUGUCGUUCAGUGUUUGCAUUCACUCACAGAUCAAACACUAUCCGAACGUAACGCUCGACACGUGUGGUAUCGGACGGCAGUCACUGUUGACUACAAAAAACUGUUUCAAGUGGUCAUCAAAUGUGACUACAAGUGUACAAAACGGACGGUUAGCUCAACCGGGAGAGUGGCCAUGGAUUGUAUAUAUCCAUUCAAAAUUAUAUUUUUUGGGUUUUAUACCGAGGGCAUGGUCCGAAUGUACGGGUGUUAUACUAAACACUAAUUGGAUUAUAACAGCAGCACAUUGUAUACAUUCAGAUCGGACUAUAACUGUUCGGACAGUUCAGGAUACGGGAGAUGAAAGCCAUACAUAUGAUGUCCACCAAUGGUUUAUACAUCCAAACUAUACGAGUAAAACAAAAGAGAUGUAUGACAUCGCGCUAUUGAAACUGAAUAGUCAGAUAGGGAUUCAAAGAUCAAUGAAUGGCAGGUAUUAUACGGUUAACAGUAUUUGUUUGCCCGACAGAGACAUUGUUAAUACCGUUGAAGAGUUGGCACUGUUUGCUGGUUAUGGCUUAACUGAUUCGGAUAUUGAAAAUACGGGACCAUUGAGGACGGGUUGGUUGAAAUUAAUGAAAACAUUGAAUACUAAUAAGGAUUAUUGGGGUAAUCGUAUUCAAGUACUUAGAUAUCCAAUCGAUAAAGGAAUGGGUGUUUGUUUGGGCGAUUCUGGCGGACCAUUGAUUCAAUAUGUUUCGGGUGGCAGUAGUGGUAGUAGUUAUGAUGGUAUGGUUAGUCGGGCCGUAGAUAUUGGUGUUGGCAAAGGUUAUUCGGUUAAUCCACUUAUAGGCGGUUGUCUUAAUCCUCUACCAAAUACUUAUAUGACUUUUAUACGAGUGUCCAAAAAGAUUGAUUGGAUUAUUAAAACUGUUUUAAAUAAUUAA